AUGGUGGCUGCCAGAGAGGCAACAAGGGCCACCAUGGUGAGACAGCGGCUGGAGGCGGCCCUGGGGCUGCUGGAGCGCUUGGUGGCCGCGUGUGACGAAGCCUCCGUGUUGCCCCGGGAGCUGCAGUGGCGGCUCAAGUACACUGAGGCCACCCUGAAGGGUACAAAUGAGGCAUCCCUCGAUGUCCCCGAGGACUUGUUGGCCCAGGUUCCCAUGACCGAGCGGCUGUGGGAGGCCAACAUCCACCUGGCCAAGAGUCACCUACUGGGGACACUUCAAGACAUCAUCAACUUCUAUUUCACUGGUCGUCCCACCAGCCCCAGUGCCUGUGAGGUGGCCAAGCAGUGCCAAAGAGCCAUGGAGGUCAUCCCAAGGCUCCUUCAACACCCAGAGCAUCCCCAGAGUGUCCCCAAGGUGUUCCCAGUGAGUAUGGAUCUCCAAAAGCUGUCCCCAGGCCUGCUGCAGCCACAGAUCACUGUGGUGGCCACCCUGGGUGAGCUGCUGGACACCCUGCCCAGGAGGGAUGAGAUGCUGCUGCCCGUGUCCGCAGGGCGCCUGUACUGGGACCUGGCGGACUUCACCAGGGACCUCCGGGUCACCCUGUACUGCGUUGAUGACACCUGGUGGCGCCGCAAUGUCACCUCCAAUAAUAAGGAUCCCGACACCCCCCUAAGCCAGGCCCUGGCAGCCUGGGAGAGCACCCCAGGUAUCACCUGGAAUGAUGUGACAAUGGUGGCCAGUGAGUGGCAGGGGAUGGUGUCUGUGCUUGUGGACAGGUGGAGCCAGCUGGCAAGUGCAGCCACCAAGCUCCACAACACUUGCAGAGACGUGGCCGCUGAGGCGGCCGACAGGGUGGGCACAGCCAGGGAAUGGCAGGACAGGACUGCCAUUUUUGCACCAGCUCAGGAAAACAUGGGAGAGCUGGGUCAGGCUCUGGGCAAGGAGAAGGAGGCUGAGGAGGAAGACACCUAUAAAGCCCAGAAGAGGAGAGAGGCCAUGGUGGCUGCCAGCGAGGCAACAAGGGCCACCAUGGUAAGACGGCGGGUGGAGGCGGCCCUGGGGCUGCUGGAGCGCUUGGUGGCCGGGUGUGACAAAGCCACCGCGUUCCCCCGGGAGCUGCAGCACAGGGUUUGGAAAAUCAAGACCACCCUGAAGGGGACAAAUGAGGCAUCCUCCAAUGUCCUCGAGGACUUAAUGUCCAAGGUGGCUGUGGCCCAGCGGCUGUGGGAGGCCAACGCCCACCUUGCCAAGGAUCACCUGCUGGGGGCAGUUCCAGACACCAUCAAGUUCUUGUUCAAUGGUGGUUCCAACAGUGCCUGUGAGGUGGCCGAGCGGUGCCAAAGAGCCAUCGAGGAUAUCCCAAGGCUCCUUCGACCCCUGGAGCAUUCCCAGAGUGUCCCCAAGGUGUCCCCACUGUCCCCGGCCCUGCUGCAGCCACAGGUCACCGUGGUGGCCAUCCUGGGCGAGCUGCUGGCCACCCUUCCCAGGCGGGACGAGGAGAAGAUGCUGCUGCUGAUGCCCCCAGGGUGCUUGCACAGGGACCUAAAUGAAUUUACCCAUCAGCUCUGGGGAACCAUGGAGUGCACUAAGGGUGUCUGGUACCACUGCAAUGUCACCUGCAGUUAUGGUGACCCUGUCACCUCCCUGAGCCAGGCCCUGGCAGCGUACGAGAGCACGCCAUGGACCACCUGGUUCAAUGUGAGAAUGGCGGCCAGUGAGUGGCACGAGUCAGUGUCUCUGCUUGUGGACAGUUGGGCCGAGCUGGCCAGGAAGGCCACCAAGCUCUGCAAUGCCUACAGGGAGGUGGCCACUGAGGCAGCCUCUGAGGAGGCGACCGCCACGGCCCGACCCAGGUGA